AUGUCAGCCAAAUUCAAGCUCGUCUUUUUCGCCCCUUCGACAAGUACACAAGCCAUUCUUGACCAUCUCUUUCUCAAAUUUCCACGACAACUUGGUAAUAUCGGACUAUAUGAUCAGUGCGCCUUCAUUACGCGCGGCACAGGUCAGUUUAGACCAGGGCCCGGCGCCGAUCCGACUGUGGGCCCGGUCGGACAGCUGGGUCGUGUUGAAGAGGAUAGAGUGGAAAUCGUGGUUAACGAUGGAAGUAAGGAAAUAGUCAGUGAAACGAUACAGGAGUUAAAGAAGGUUCAUCCAUACGAUGAAGUUGCAUAUGAUGUUUAUAAGAUGGAGGAUUUCUAA